GGUCCCAAUGCCCCCCAUAGCAGAUAGUAGACCAUUGUAGAGCCCCGUGGCGAGGGCGACGAGGGGGAAGGCGUGCCCGAGACGGGACCAGCCCAGCCCGGGUCAAGUAUACACGGCACUGGGUCCUCGGCGUCGUCCCUUCCUUGGCCGGACUCGAACCGAUCCAUAGAGAAGAUUCGCUUUAGAAACCAGAGCCAAAAAAAUCAUUCCAACACCCCCCUCCCCGGAGCCCGCGUGAGCGAAGCCGUCUCUCUUCCGGCCCUCUUGGCUUCCUUCUUCUCCUCCCCUCCCCCUCCUUCCUCUCCUUCCUUCCUCUCCCGCCUUCCAUUCAUCCCUCACUCCCUUUGCCCUCUGCCUCCUUUCUUCCCUUGUCUGUGUCUGCUCCCCCCCUCCACGAACCCAAAAGGUUACUGUGCGGGAGACCACGACGACGGGACACCAUGGACGCCUCACAGCACCAGAUUCGCACGCCCGAGGAGGCCGUCGCGAGAAUCGCCUACCUCUCCAGCGAUGUCAUCGUCUCCGUCCAGCCCACCAUCGGCACCGACUCCGAAUUCUCCUCCCACCUGACGCGAUAUGCCGGUCGCAAAGACCAUGGCCUCGUGGCCCAGAGCGCUGAUUCGGUCCCUGAAAUCCUCGCAGUCCGACACAAUGCCGACCCUCUGUUGUCCGCUUUUACACCAAUUCGAGCCGGCAAGCUCGUCUCCGUCACCACCACAUCCACCAUCCUCCUUCCUUCCGUCUCUCACCUUUACAAGCUGGCCAACUACCCCAUAGUCCUCCACGUCUCACUCCAGCCCCGCACAUUUGCCGAUUACUCAGUAAUCACCGCCAUUCGCAACUCAGGAUGGACUUUUGUGCAUUCCGAGACCCUCCAGGAGGCCCAGGACAUGGCCGUGACUGCCCAUGCCCUCGCCAUCCGCACCGGCAAGGGUGUCGUUCACUUCUUCGCUCCCUCCACUUCUGCCAACGACAAGCCCAUCGCCGUCGAGGACGCUUCCGUCAUCCGUGAAGUCCUCGAUAUCGAGAGUGUCCGGCGAUUCCAGGCCGGCGCUGGCACCUCGGCCACUGGCAUCUACGCCGAUGACGGCCACAUUGCCGUCUCUUCGGACCACGACGUUGCCGUGAACGGCGCUACCUCCAAGGUCGAUUCCCUCGCAGUUGCAAGCUCCAGCACCUCCAAGGCUCCCUCUGUCGACCCCUCAGUCAAGUCUAGCCGCGCCAGCGAGGCCAGCACCCCCCUCGCGCCCUCGUCAGCUGCCACAACCGUCGAGACCGCCCCUCCUCAAGUCAGCUCCGAGGAUGUGUACAGGUGCGCCACCCGCAUUUGGGCUCAGAUCAAGACUGCCCUCGGCCGAUCAUACAGUGCCUUUGAGUACUCCGGCCCCGCCAAUGCCGAGAACUGCCUCUUCAUCUUCGGCUCCGAUGCUGGCACCUUUGCCGAGGCCAUUGACGGCGCUCGCCCCGAUGAGGUCUUCACUAACACCGCUAUCUUGACCCCCCGCCUCUACCGACCAUGGAUUGGCUCCAGGCUCGUAGAUGCCAUCCCCAAGUCGAUCAAGAGAAUUGCCGUGCUCGAGCAGAUCCACCGCAAGACCACCAAGUGGGGACCUCUCCUCAUCGAUGUGUUGACCUCCAUCCGAAGCGGCCCCGGCGGUGUCGAGACCAUUGUCGGUCAUCAACUCGGCUACAUUGCCCCUGAGACCGUCACCCAGGCCCUCCGUGGUGUUCUCCAGAACCUUACGGCUGAGAAGCCUAUCCAGAACCUCGAGGUUGGCAAGAAGAGCGCUUACAAGGAGCCCACUGGCUACGACCUCGAGUCUCCUCAACUGGAGACCGCCUACACCAAAAUCCUCGACCAGCUGUUUGGCCAGCGCACCUACAUCGCCAAUGCCAUCAAGUCUUCCACUACUGGCCUGUCCGCCACCGUUGCCGCUAGCCCCGAGUUCGGUUUCGGUUCGCUGUUGGCUCGCAAGGAGCGCCGAAACCAGUUUGUCGCCGAGGUCAAGGAGGCCGCCACCAGCGGCAGCUUCAUCACUGAUACCCCUAAGAGCUGGCUGGCUCGGUGGGCUUUGAACGCCAACGAUGCCACAAAGUCAACUGAGAUUGCCGACGAUGUCAUCUCUCGCCUCGAGACUGACGGAUCUGCUAUUGCCUCCAAGCUUCUCACUGCCAAGGGCCUGUUCCGAAAGGAGUCGCUUUGGCUAACUGGCUCCGAUGCCUGGGCCUACGAUCUGGGCAACUCUGGUGUUCACCACGUUCUUGCCUCCGGCGAGAACAUCAACAUGCUCAUCAUCGACUCGACCCCCUUCUCCGAGAAGGCUGGUGCCGACGCCAACAGGAGGAAGAAGGACAUCGGUCUGUACGCCAUGAACUUCGGAAACGUCUACGUCGCCUCCACAGCCGUUUACAGCUCGUAUACUCAGGUUCUGCAGGCUAUGCUCGAGGCCGACAAGUUCGACGGUCCCUCGGUCGUCAUGGCUUACCUACCCUACUUCGGCGAGAAUGACUCCCCCCUGACUGUUCUCCAGGAGACCAAGAAGGCUGUUGAUGCUGGCUACUGGCCCCUGUACCGAUGGAACCCCAAGAACGAGGAGAAGGGAGAGCCCAACUUCUCUCUCGACUCUGAGCUUAUCAAGCAAGAGCUCAAGAAGUUCUUAGCCCGCGAUAACCAGCUCACUCAGCUCAUGAACAAGGAGCCCAAGUUUGCUGCUGCCAUCGCACAGGACUUUGGCACUGAGGUGCGAGCACAGCAGAAGCGCAAGGCCAAGGAUGCCUACAACCAGCUUUUGGAGGGUCUUCUGGGUGCUCCUCUCACCAUCCUCUACGCCUCCGACAACGGCAACGCCGGUACCGUGGCGAAGCGUCUCGCCAACCGUGGUCGUGCUCGUGGCCUGAAGACUUCCGUCAUGGCCAUGGAGGACUACCCUCUGGAGGACCUCCCCACUGAGGAGAACAUCGUCUUCAUCUCCUCGACUGCUGGUCAGGGUGAGUUCCCCCAAAACGGUCUUCCCUUCUGGGAUGCCAUCAAGGACAACACCGAUCUCGACCUGGCUUCUGUCAACUACUCUAUCUUCGGUCUCGGCGACAGCCACUAUUGGCCCCGUAAGGAGGACAGGAUCUACUACAACAAGCCUGCCAAGGAUCUCGACCGCGUGUUGACCAACCUUGGUGCCAAGCAUCUGGCUGAUACCGGCCUCGGUGAUGACCAGGAUCCCGAUGGUUUCCAGACCGGGUACUCCGACUGGGAGCCCAAGAUCUGGCAGGCUCUUGGCGUCGACCUUGUCGACGGUCUCCCUGACGAGCCCCCGCCCAUCACCAACGAGGAUAUCAAGGCCGCGUCCAACUUCCUCCGUGGUACCAUUCUGGAGGGUCUGAGGGAUACCUCGACCGGUGCCAUCUCCGCGUCUGACCAGCAGCUCACCAAGUUCCACGGUACCUACAUGCAGGAUGAUCGCGACGUCCGAGAUGAGCGCAAGGCCCAAGGUCUCGAGCCCGCCUACUCCUUCAUGAUUCGAUGCCGACUGCCUGGUGGUGUUUCCACUCCUAAGCAGUGGGUCCAGAUGGACGACAUCGCCAACGAGCUCGGAAACGAGACCAUGAAGCUCACCACCCGACAGACAUUCCAGUUCCACGGUGUUAUUAAGAGCAAGCUCAAGCCUGCCAUGCAGGCUAUCAACCGUUCUCUUAUGGACACCCUUGCCGCCUGUGGUGAUGUGAACCGAAACGUCAUGUGCAGCUCUCUCCCCACCCAGUCCAGCUACCACAGACAAGUCUAUGCCAAGUCGAUUCACAUCAGCGAGCAUCUACUCCCCUCUACCAACGCUUACCAUGAGAUUUGGUUGACCGACGACGACGAUAAGAAGGUUCAGGUUGCUGGCGAUGCCACACAAGACUUCGAGCCUCUGUACGGCCCCACGUACCUGCCCCGAAAGUUCAAGAUCACCAUUGCCAUCCCUCCCCACAACGAUACCGACGUGUAUGCCCACGAUAUUGGUCUGAUUGCCAUCAAGGGUGAAGACGGCAACCUGGCUGGUUUCAACGUUCUCGCUGGUGGUGGUAUGGGUACAACUCACAACAACAAGAAGACCUACCCCCAAACCGGUCGCAUGUUCGGUUUCGUCAAGGCCGAGGACAUCCACCUGGUUUGUGAGAAGAUUAUGCUCGUCCAGCGUGACAACGGUGACCGAAAGAACCGCAAGCAUGCCCGUCUCAAGUACACCAUUGACGACAUGACCGUCCCCGUCUUCCGUGCCAGAGUUGAGGAGCUUUGGGGCCAGAAGUUUGAGCAGGAGCGCCCAUUCGAGUUCAAGAGCAACGUCGAUGUCUUCGGCUGGCAGAAGGAUGAGACGGGUCUUAACCACUUCACCCUUUUCAUCGAGAACGGCCGUAUUGAGGACACUCCUGAGUUCCAGAUGAAGACUGGCCUGCGUGAAAUCGCCAAGGUCCACAAGGGCGAGUUCCGUCUUACCGGAAACCAGCAUCUCAUCUUGAGCAACGUUGCCGACGAGGACCUGCCCGCUAUGAAGGAGAUGAUGAAAAAGUACAAGCUCGACAACAUCCAGUUCUCCGGUCUCCGCCUCAGCUCUUCCGCCUGCGUCGCUUUCCCCACUUGUGGCCUUGCCAUGGCCGAGUCGGAGCGAUACCUGCCCGUGCUCAUCACCAAGCUCGAGUCAUGCCUUGAGGAGAAUGGUCUGCGCCAGGACUCUAUUGUCAUGCGUAUGACUGGUUGCCCCAACGGCUGCGCUCGUCCCUGGCUGGCAGAAGUGGCCUUCGUCGGUAAGGCUUUCGGCGCAUACAACAUGUACCUGGGUGGUGGCUACCACGGCCAGCGCCUCAACAAGCUGUUCCGCCAGAGCAUCAAGGAGGAAGAGAUUCUCUCUAUUAUGAAGCCUCUGCUCAAGCGGUACGCCCUGGAGCGUGAGGAGGGCGAGCGCUUCGGUGACUUCUGCAUCCGCGUUGGUGUCAUCACUGCCACUACCGAUGGCCAGAACUUCCAUGACAACGUUCCUGAUGAUGAGGAAGACGAGGAAUAAAUGAUGACGACAAUUGGAUGAGUUGGAUAAAUAGAACAAAAAUGAAGGAGGGGUAAAACUAGGCGUCUUGUUAUGAGAUUGGCAUCUUUGUGCAUGUUUUUUGUGGUUUACUUGGCCAGGCGCACUGGUUGGAACGCAUUCAUUCCCCAUGUAGGAAUAUCUAGCAUGAAGAAGUCUUUUUACAUA